CAUCGGCUUCUUCCACCAGCAGAUAAUCCCCCUAAAAAAAUUACGUGUUUUACGACAAGCAAUUUUUUCUUCCAGAAAAUUUUUAUUUUCCCAGCGCUCACCUGUAGGGGGAAGGGGUACACUCUUUUUAUGACUCCCCAAUUGGUCACUGCUUAUUUUAACGUAAAGGCGAACUUUGCUACGUCGAAGGGACGCACAAUUUGGCAACCCUGUCAUAAGAGCGGCACAUCAAGGGGGGCAAAUCCCGCGAUAUAUCUUAUAUGCCUGUGCGCAAACAUACGCGUAAAGUUUUACAAACAAGCGUAAGAAACACACCUUUCCUGUGAACCCCAAAAUGGAACAGUUCAUAGCGCCGAGAGUCAACAAAAAAUACCUGAACAAAUUUUACAACAAGAAUGUGCGAAUAGUGGGCAAGGUUUUAAAGAAGGAAGGAGGGGAGCUGACUCUGCAAACGUGUGAUAAUGAAGAAAUAAAAUGCUUUUUGAGUGAAAACCAAGGAGAAGGAAAGUUAGAUCAGUAUGUCGAAGUUUUAGGGAAGGUGAACAAAGAUGAUACGUUAAGCGAUAUAGUGUACGUGCAGAAUGGAGGAAACUCUUUAAAUUUAAAUGAAAUAAAUAAUUUAAUAAACUUAACUUUUCUCGAAGAAUUUGGGGAAAUCUUUUAAUUGCCGUUAACGAAAGGAGUUAUUGUGUACGUCUUGGGCCUGCUUGUUGCGGGGCACUACACAUUGGGGUUUUGAAUAACACGCUUUUAUGUUUUUAAUUUUCACAGUUGGACUUUCUUUUUUUGCAUUUUUUGAGAUACUACUUCUAUUUCGCUGGAAAUUUAAAAUUUACCUUUUUUUUUUUUUUUCAUUUCCAUGACGUGUUCAUAUCAGU